CAAUGGGAGAGCGCGUACGGCCUUAAGGCGGAGCAGCGCCUCCCCCCCGACGUGGUCUCGCUUCCGCCCAACGUCCCGCGCGCGCCCCACCUGGAGGAAUGCGUUGCGCGCACGGCGCGGCGGCGGGAGGCGGAGCAGCGCGGGGCGAACGGGGAGUCGCCGGGGUGGGCGCGCCCGGCGGACUGCUGCAAGUGCGACCCGCAACCCCCAUGGGUGAGGGGGGCGGAGGCGGAGAAUCUAGCCAAGACGCGUGUGGCGCAGAGGGACAUCUGGGAGCGGCAGUUCCCCCCAGGGGACUGCCAGGGGCAGCGCCUGCUCGUGCUGCCCUGGUCCACGCAGGAGAUGCGCGGCGUGGGGUCGGGGAUCCACGUGACGGGGUUGUUCCUAAGCCUGUCCAUGGCGCUCAAUCGCACGCUCGUGCCCUACCCCGACUCCUACCACCACGCCAACACCUCCGACUGCAUCGCCGCGGGGCACAACAGCUCAUGGGAGUGCUUCUUUGCGCCCAUGGUAUCCCCUGCGUGUGAAGCCCUCGUGCGGCGCCUCAUGGAGACACCGGAGGGGGCGAGCGUGAAGGAGUGUGCGUCGGUGGACUACGAUGGGUUGGAGGCCAUGAACGAUACGGUGGUGUGUGUCAGCCCCCUGCGCGUUGACCGGCUGAAGCUGGAGUCCCGAGCCACGAGUCUAUGGGGGAACCCCCACCUGGAUCGCUUGGACAUGGUGGAGUACAUGGGGGGCAUGGAGCAGGACGACGACUUCAAGAUGCUUGAGGUGCGGUGGUGGCGAGCACAGGCCACGCGCUUCAUGCUGCGCUGGCCCUCGGCGUACCUCUGCCACGUCACCAACCGCGUGCGCCACUCCUCCUACGGGCUGCACACAGCCAUGCACCUCUCGCGCUUCGAGGAGGAGCGAGCAGAGAUCCUACAACUAGUCGCCGCAGGCGACCCCGUGCGAUUCCUAGUGAAGGACACAGACGGCAAGGCGGAUUUAGAAGGGGCUGCCAAGGCCCAGGCGAAGGCCCUUGCUGGGUUGAAGUUUGGCGGGAAUACGCUGGAAGGGCAGGUGUGGCCGGCGAAAGGGAUGGAGUCGUGUGCGUUUGAGUGCGGGCCGAACGGGGAGGGGAGAUGGAAGAGGAAGGAGGUGCAGGGCAUGCUGCAGGGCGUGGGCGGGGAGGUGUAUGCGCCGCGGCCGAUGGUGAGCGUGCACGUGCGGCAGAGCGACAAGUUCAAGGAGAUGACUCUGCUGUCCUUCGCCAUGCACAUGUUCUUUGCCCAUCGGUUGAGAGCUGCCGUGCCGGAUCUGAAACACGUGUGGCUCAAUACGGAGAUGGAGUCUGUGAUCGAGCAGACGAAGCAGUACCCCUCGUGGCAGUUCCACUACUCCACAAACGCGCGUCUCCCCCCCGGCGCCAACGACACGCGCGCGUACGAGUUCAUGCAGGACGUGGCAGUGAGCCUCGCCAGCGUGCUCAUAGCCGCCGAGUGCGACUACUUUGUCGGCUCACUCGAGUCGAAUUGGAGCAGGUUGAUCAAUGAGUUAAGGAGCACAAAUGGACGGCUGUAUGCGGGGUUCAUUGCUCUCAACAUCGGUCUCUGGUGA